CGAUGACUCGAUCAAUUUUAUAUAUUGCUCUUAAUAGAUAACGUAAUUGGUGGGGAAAUUAAGGAGAGGAGAAGGGUAUAUAUCAUUGGUUUGGAGUGAGUGUGAAGCUUCACACCAAAUCCAAUUUAUUUAUAUUUUCUAAUGUGUUAUAAUAUACUCUCCAGAAGAAAAGUCUGAACAUUUCAGUUUCACCUUCCUUUUUGCUUUUGAUUUAAGUCAAUUAUUAUUUGUCCAUAGAAUUCCAUAAUGUCUCCCUUUACUUUAUUAUUUUCUGUGUUGGCUGUUUAACUUUCAUUGUUUUUUUAUGGUGUAAAGUUUGCUUUCAUAUCAUUAUUAGUAGCCUCGUAUGAGGAAACCCAUAUAUUAAGCAACAUCAUAAGAGUAUUUUCUCAUGUAUCUUGUGUUUAAAUAUAUAAAUAAUGAUAUAAUUAAGAAAAUAUGGAAUUAGGAAGAACAGAACAGAAGACACUGACCAACUAGAAGUUUGGUGUCAGGCACCAACCAUAUUUAGACUAACAAAGAAUAAAAACCUCAUCUCUCUUUUGCAUAUCCAUUCCUCAUCACAUUCACAAAGCUUCUCUUUCUCCCAUCAGCAUAUAAUUUUCUCUUCCUCUCUUCUCGUCUGAUAGAUUUGAAGGGUAGCAAGGAGAAAUAGAGAGGCAAAUGGGAGAGAUGAAGAGUAUGCAAAUGGGUGUGAUUGGAGCCUUAUUUCUAUCUGUAGCAUCUUCUGUCUCCAUUGUCAUUUGCAACAAAGCUUUGAUGACCAAUCUUGGCUUCCCUUUUGCAACGACACUAACAAGUUGGCAUUUGAUGGUAACAUAUUGCACACUUCAUGUGGCAUAUAAACUAAGUUUCUUUGAAAAUAAACCAAUAGACACAAAGACUGUUGUUCUCUUUGGCCUCCUCAAUGGCAUCUCCAUUGGUCUUCUGAAUCUCAGCCUCGGCUUCAAUUCCAUCGGCUUCUAUCAAAUGACCAAACUUGCUAUCAUUCCAUUCACUGUACUAUUGGAAACUCUCUUCCUCAACAAGAAGUUCAGUCGGAAGAUAAAAUUCUCAUUAUUUUUGCUAUUGGUUGGGGUUGGAAUAGCAUCAAUCACAGAUCUUCAGCUCAAUUUUGUUGGUUCUGUUCUCUCUCUCCUUGCCAUCGCAACAACUUGCGUCGGCCAAAUUCUAACAAACACGAUCCAAAAGAGACUGAACGUGACAUCAACGCAACUCCUUUACCAAUCGGCCCCGUUUCAAGCCGCUAUACUAUUUGUCUCGGGUCCCUUUGUCGACAAAUACCUCACUCGCCUCAACGUCUUCUCCUUCCAUUACUCUCCUAUCGUUGUGGGGUUCAUAACGCUAUCGUGUUUAAUAGCGGUUUCCGUUAACUUCAGCACGUUUUUAGUGAUCGGAAAGACAUCUCCGGUGACGUACCAAGUCUUGGGACAUCUCAAAACGUGUUUGGUGCUUGCUUUUGGUUACACUCUCCUCCACGAUCCAUUCACUCCUCGUAACAUCGCAGGAAUCCUAAUCGCGGUCCUUGGCAUGCUUCUCUACUCCUACUUCUGCUCCGUUGCUUCUAAAUCAAAACAAGGCUCCUCCGAGUCCUCUUUUAUUGGGAAAGACAGGGAUACAACGCCGCUUUUGAGCCAAGAAAAAGAGAACCAUGAAGCCAAGAAAUUAGACAAGCAUUCUCCAGUAUAAUUGAUUACACCAUAAAAUAAAAAGUACAAGUUCUCUUUCUUUCUUUAUGGUCUCCUUCUAUAAUUCUGAUUUUUCAAUUCAUUGAUAAAGGUUUUGUAAUUGAGAAAAAAACUGAAACAACCAAUGGGCCUUUUUCUCGUACUUUUUGGGGUUUGUUAAACAUUUACACCUAUUCUCUCUAUCUUUUGAAUAUAAUACAAGGAUAUAUACACAUUUAUGGUUA